UCGGCUCUUCUGUUUUCGCCGCUAUUCCACCGCGCUCGUCACUCUUUAAUUUUCACUCGAUCGCGAAGGUUGUGUGUGCGUGUGUUUUCCCCAGGUUUCCCAGCCAAAUUUCCGUGCCGCCGCGUAUUUUACUGCCUACCCGACAAACAAACAAAAAGGGAAAUCAAGAUGAGGCAUCUGAUGUUCCUUAUGCUGAUGGUCCUGCCCAUCGUUAUUUGCACUUUCUCGGCGCCCAACAAGUUUGGAGCCUAUGCCGCCGAGGCGGUCGAGGACGACCUGGUGGACGUGGACAGCGAGGAGGGCGCAGUGACUGGUGAGGAUGCGGAAGCGGAUGAGGAGAGCGACUCGGGCAGCAGCAGUUCGCCGAAUGCGGACACCUACCUGCUCUUCACGAAACCCCUGUACACGCCUGGCCAGCAGCUGGAUCUGCCCGGCGGCAAGCCCGUUGAGUUCCUGAUUGGCUUCACCAACAAGGGCGCCGAGGAGUUCGUGAUCGAGACGGUGGAGGCCUCCUUCCGCUACCCCAUGGACUUCAACUACUUCAUCCAGAACUUCUCCGCUGUUGCCUACAACCGCGAGGUUAAGCCCGGCUUUGAAUCGACCGUUUCGUACACCUUCCUGCCCUCGGACCAAUUCGCUGGCCGUCCCUUCGGUCUGAACAUUGCUCUGGCCUACCGCGAUGCCAAUGGAAUUCAGUACAAUGAGGCUGUCUUCAACGAAACCGUUCUGAUCUCCGAGGUCGAUGAGGGUCUGGAUGGCGAGACCUUCUUCCUUUACGUCCUGCUGGCCGGCAUUGUCGUCCUGCUCCUGGUCAUCGGACAGCAGUAUCUGCUGGGCAGCUCUGGCAAGAGGAAGCGUGCCGCUGCCAAGAAGGUGAUCGAGACCGGAACCGCCAACGACAGCACCAUCGACUACGAUUGGGUGCCACAGGAGACGCUGCGGGCACUGCAGAAAUCCCCGCCCAAGUCCAAGACGCCCAAGACCUCGCCCAAGCCCGGCAAGCAGGCCAGUCCCAAGGCCGCCAGCCAGCAGAGUCCCAAGCAGCGCAAGGUGAAGCGCUCCGCCGGCGAUGACUAAGUCAAUCCGCUCAAGACUGCACACAUCCCAACAACACCAAGAACAACGGCAGCGGCAACAACAUCAGCGCGCAGCCGAAAGCAGCAGCAACAGCGAAACCCCAACAAAAAAAAACCAUUUCAUCCUGUGGGGAGCAGAGCAUUCAGUUUCGUAAUUAAUUAGUUAUGUAUAUCAUGUUCGAUCAUUUCUAGAGAUACUAUCAUAAUUUUUUUUCGUCUAUUGCGAGAUUGUUAGUCUUUAACGAAUAACGAACCACCAAUGUUUCCACAGAUUUGUUUUAGAAAUUUGAACUUUGAAAUGCCCAACUGCACAUACUCCAAACACAAACAAACAAACACAACAACAAAAAAUCCAACAAAAAUGAAACCUAAAGAAAUUCCUUUGUGAAAUUGUCUUCGUUUGUUGAAGACACAUUAUAGAGAGAGGAGCAGCUUAGAGAAUGAGUCGAACUAUAGGGAAUAAUACCAGGCGAAAAUGGAAGUGAGACCGAUCGAUUGAGAUGUAAGACAACUAAACCUUCCAUUUGUACGAUAAAUUUAAAUUAGUCCUAUUAUUACAAAUCAAUUGAUUGCCCAUUGUGUUUUAUUUUUCGUUUGCCCAUUCAAUUCCGAUCUUGACCGUCAUUCUUUUUCUGUUAGGAACGAAAGAAAUUGUUGAAGUGAGUUUUUUUUAGCUAGAAAAGUCGCAGGAAGUCGACCGAUGAAUAAGGAGAAAUUUUCUUACAACAAACAAAAACAAUAAAGUUUGAAAAAAAUAUUAA